CUGGGUGUUUUAGAAAGUGUGUCAGGGAGCGACACAACAGAGAGGGAGAGAGGAGGGUCGUGACAUUCACCCAGGUUUAUGUGUUUCAUGUAAAAAGGAGGAAGGGAGAAGUCAUCUUUGGGAGAUAAACGUUACUCAGUGUGGAAAGAAGACGGUUAAAAACAAUCUCAGUCAGAGUUUCACCCUGUCGGAGCAACAAUGACAUCACAUGUGAAGCUCAGGAAAGAGAGAGUUGGAGCUGUGGACUAUGACACACAAAUCAAAGAGGUGCGUUGUCAGUUGGUGGACCAGUUGAAGGUUUUGGAUCUGCAGUUGGAGCAGAAAUCUCAGCAGCUUCAGGAUCUGACAGACUACCUGCGUAGACGCAGUGAGAUAGAAGGAGAGUAUGCACGCUCGCUGGACAAAUUGGCCGAGAGGUUUACCUCCAAAAUCAAAAGGAAGGAGCCUGGCAGUGGUCAGUCUGUGGCCCAGUGUUGGCUGGUCCUGCUGGCUCAGACCAGACAGGAGAGCAAAGAUCACAGUGGUGUGAGUGACAGCUGUAGCACCACCCUCACCCAGCCCCUCACACACUCUCUGGAGAUCACACAGCGCCUGGCCAAGAGGACUAAAGAUGUCUGUAGCCAGUUACAGGAUGGGCUGUUGAAGGUCACCACAGAGCUACAGACAGCGUGGCGGACCUACUAUCAGUACCACUCAGAGUAUGAGUCUGCAGAGGGAAAGCUGAAGGAAGCAGAAAAACAGAAGCAAGGAGCUUCUAAAAAGAUUGAGAAAAGACAGUGUAAAGUGCAGGAGAUCCAGCUGAAGUGCACUAAGGCUCGUAAUGACUACCUUCUCAAUCUGGCUGCUGCCAACGCUUCCAUGAACAAGUACUAUCUCCAAGACCUCUCCUCACUCAUGGACUGUUCAGACAUUGGCUACCACCUUUCUCUGUCCCGUGUGCUACGCUCCUACCUGUCCAGCCGCUCCCGGGCCCAGCAGAACCUGAGUGGAGGGCUGCAGCAGCUCCACACUGCUGUGUCUGGACUGGACCAGAUUCAGGACAGAGACUACCUGCUGCAGACUCACACCAACACCUUCUGUCUACCCCGCCGCUUCCACUACCAGCCACGCGAGGGAGACCAGGUGUGUGAGGUGAGUGCAGAACAGGAGAUUAGGUGUGAGAUGGAGACCAGGUUCCAACAGCUGCAGUCAAAGCUCACCGGGUUCACUCAGGAAACAGAGGAGGCAGGUAAGAAGCUCCAGACGGCCCGCUCUGCCCUGCUAGAAGGUAUCAGUGAUGAUGACCUGGAUCCUCCACCCUCCAGCAACCAGACCCAGGGCUCACAGGUCCAUCUCCAGUUCCUGUCUCAGAGCCAAGGUCAGGGGGGAAGCAGUGAGAGCCUGGCCAGCAGCAGUAGCAGACCCAGUCUUGCCAGACGGAGAGCCAACCUGCAGGAGACCGAGACUCUCUACUGUGCUAACGUGAAGGAGUAUCUCUGUAAAAGCUCUCUGGUAUCUAAACUACAGGCGAAACAUGAUCUGCUUAAAGUGGCGGUUGAGAAAGCUGAACCAACCAAUGGUCAUCAGACCAGGAAGUUAUUGCGUGUGAGGAGUAAGAGUCAACCCAGUGUCCAGUACACCCACAAACUCUUCACCGGAGACAUGCUCUCCUUCAUACAGGCAUCAGGACAGGAGAUACCUGUAGUGGUGGAAAGCUGCAUUCGCUUCAUCAACCUUAACGGUCUCCACCAUGAGGGUAUCUUCAGAGUACCAGGGUCUCAGGGGAAGGUCAACAGUCUGAGAGAUGCCUUUGAGCGAGGAGAGGACCCUGUGGCAGACAGCAGGUGUGACUUGGACUCGGUAGCAGGAGUAUUGAAACUCUACUUUAGAACCCUGGAAAACCCUCUCUUUCCUCAGGACAGCACCGCUCAGCUCCUGGAGUACGCACAGAUUGACAACGAGACGGAGAGAGCAGCUAAACUCAAAUCAGUCAUCUCCUCCUAUCCACCACCUGUCAGCAUCGUCAUGAGAUACCUCUUUGCAUUCCUCCAUCAUGUGUCUCAGUACAGCGAUGAGAACAUGAUGCAGCCCUAUAACCUGGCUGUGUGCUUCGGCCCCAGUCUGCUACGAGGGGCGCAGGAUGAUGAUGUCGUUACCUUGCAGCCUCAGAUCAACUCCCUGGUGAAGAGCAUCAUUUUGCAGCACGAGAGCAUCUUCCCAAGCCUGGCCGAGCUACAGGGACCAAUGUAUGAGAAAUGCAUGACGCUGCAGCAAGACGACUGUGAGGAGGUAGAAGGGGAUUCAGAACACCACAGUAAAGAAGAGCCCGAGUCAAAGGGGGAGCGAUCUCGAGCCAACAGCAGCUGCAGUUCAAGACAGACCCCAGUAGGGGGCACUGUGACCCCUGGAGGAAAGUUCACCUUACAGUCGCCCAUAACCCCACAGGGAUGGCCCCUCUCCCCCGGAUACAUAAGCAAAGAAGCCCAGGACCUGUCGUCCAGUGAAGAUAUAACAGUUCAGGUUGACGAGGAGGUCUGCCGCCAGAUGAACUCUGUCUUCAAGGAGCUUCUCUCUCGAAAAUCCCUCCCUCCCUCCACCUCCUCGGUCACCUCUUCCCACCCUCCACCACAGCAGAAGAAAGGAGGGAUUGGGUGGAAAAGGGAAAAGCCUGUUUAGAUCAGGCCAAUUGGACUGACAGAAAGUGAGAGGGGACCAGAAUAGAUGGAUGGAGGAAUGAAUAUAUUAAUGAGGAAAUGAACGGAGGAGAGACGAGACUUGGAUGAGAAGACACACAGAGGGGGGCGAAGAAGGGUGACUUGGGCUGAUUGAAUGAUUGUAGGUGUGUGAUGACAGGUUGUGACAGCAGCCAAAGUGUGAUUACAGAUGGCUGGAUUAAAUUAACCAAAGUCAUUUCACUGUACUGUACGUGUCUGCUGUGCUGCUCAGACAGCAGCCUCCAUUGUGGAGCCUGUGAAUAGACAGUCACAGACAGACUAGGUUUGAAUCGUACUGUGAAGCCUUUUGUUAGUGUGUUUGAUACAACACAACCCUAACCGACACUGAUUUUUCACUCAACGGCUGUGCCUCUAUUCUCCACAUGCCCAACCAUGAAUUUAAAAGUGUUGGAUUGUUGGAAGCAUUAGCUGGUGUGUGUACAAGGGCACACUUUAGGAAAACUGUUGAGAAUAAGGACCCAGGACAUUGUUAACUAAUCAACAGAAUGAGUAGAUUUAUCAUAAGUUAUUUUACCCACAAUAGCUUGGAAUGUGCACUGCUGUAUUCUCAUGCAUGUGGAUGGAUAAACAAUACUACUGUUAUUGUUAUAGAAUCAGUGAUGUACAUCAUAUACUUGUCAAAAAUGUGUGCAAGGAUAAACUAUAUGCUCCAAGAAAAGUGCUUGCCAUAAAUGUUGAAAUUUCAAAAA